AUGUCGAGCGGCAAAAUGCACCAAACAUCGUCUCGUUUGUUGCGCAUGACGAGCGAUGAUAGGCCAUUUACAAGAGACUUCAAAGAUCUCUUUUCGACGCUUAUUGUCAGCCUGAAACUAGAGACACAUCGAGUGCGCUUCUCCAAGUUCGAGCACACCUUCACUGCGGAAGAGGCCAUCAACAAUCUCGGUUCCCUAAAAUUCUCUCAGUCUAAUCGCAUGCCAGAUCCAAAAGAUCCCUCGCGAAUUGUCACGACCACCACAACAACAACUUUUUCCAUGGCCAAAGAGAUGGCCCGCGCUGUAUGUCAACGGUCUGUAGAUGCCAGGUUCAUCGAAUCCGUAGACGGACGGGUAACCACUCAAUUCCCUCUCAAGGGCGCGCUCUUCCAAUUGACCCCAAAGGGCAUCCACAUCCUGCAACGAUUUUGCCAGAGAAAUGGUAUCACUGCCAGACACAUACUGGAUGUGCUUGAAUCGCCUCGGAAUACUAUGCAAUUGGUGAUCCUGGAACGAGAUAGCACCACAGAUCAGAUUUCUCAGGAUCGCGCUACAAUCGAAGUGAUAUUUCGUCGGUUUGCUGGCCAAGAUGGCCCUAAUAUCAAGUCUUCAGUGUCAACUUCGGAUUCGGAUUCUGUGAGUGACUAUUCCAAUGGACUUGUGGGCGUAAAGCUAGCUAGGGAAAGGAAAGUGGGAGAUAAAAUCAUUCACAACUCGUUUACGGGGAAAGCGGCAGUGGAUUGGUUGAUGGACUGCUGCACAAUUAUAGACCGUCUGGAGACGUUUGAGAUUGCCACGAUGUUCGUAAAACAGGGUUUGAUAAGCGCGGUCUUCGAGGACAAGAACUUUAUUCAGCAAAAUCCCGACGCUACACUUUUCCAGCCUACCAAGUAUGCCAUUUAUGCAGUGACGGAGCGAGGUUCGCGGAUAUGCGGAUGGAUCGCACGGGAAAAACCCGUGGUUUCUACAUUCGACGGACGAAUUGCGCCUCGAGAUUCAAACAAUGCUCGCUUAAACAAUAUCCUGCAAGAUCCCGCGUUGCGAUUACUAUUCAGGGAAUUCUUGCGCUAUUCCCUCUGCGAGGAGAACCUGUCGUUUUACCUCGACGUUUCCGAAUUCACGGCGGAUUAUCACCGGAAAGAAAAAGCUGGUUCAUUCGCGAAAAUGGAUGCUGUUCGUGAAACCCUCGCUAGUGCAUAUGGCUUAUACAAUGCUUUUCUUGCUCCUGGAUCUCCCUGCGAGCUGAACAUCGAGCAUGCUCUGCGAAACAGUCUUGCUAGCCGCAUGACACGUGCCGUUGGCGACGACGCAUCAAUGCUGAAGAGCUUAACUGAAGUCGUGGGCCUUUUCGAGCUUGCCCAGGUUUCCGUCUUCAAGCUUAUGUCAAGCGAUUCCGUUCCGAAAUUUGUGCGCGAUCCAAAGUACGCUGUCGUAUUACAGGACCAUGAUGUCGAGCUAAAUAAUCCUUCCGGCCGGUCAUUCUCUCCCACUGCUGCUCCCAUCCCUGAACGCUCCUUAAGCCGAUCUACAAAAUCAUGA